UCGAGGUGACGUUGCGGCCGGACGUUCGCUCGGUGUGGUUAUUCGCGCGCGACGACGAGGACGACGCCGACGACGUCGACAAUAUCGUCGCGUCUUACAGCGUCUACACGCAGUGAGUGACGGAACGAGACGAAACAAAACGCGACGAACCGCGAUAUUCGCGCGAACUUUCGGCCGCGGGUUUAGACAGCUAAGGUGUAGCGGUCGCGCGUACAUUUCUCUUUUCGCUGCACAUCCUCUCUUCUUCCGCGUUCCUUGCCGACGAGACGUCAACCACAACAAGGAAUCUUUGGCCGGAGGCGAUUUCUACGGGGACGCGAACGCUCGAGAUCGAUUCUAAAACAGAUAUCUCAGUCAGACCUUGGCGGGAUACCUCAUCAUUCGUCUCCUGCGGUGUGCCCAAGAGAGCGAUGCGGCGCUCGAUGACGUGAUCGACCUCUCGGUCAGCUACGCGCCGUGACCUCUUUCGUGGCUGGCCAUUCACUUGGUUCUUCGUGGUCGAAACGUCGUCGGAUUCAAGUCGAAAAGCGGAAAAAAAGCGUUAAAGGAAUAAAAUUGAAGACCUCGUUUUUUUUUUAAUUAAAGGGUGAAGAAAAAAAGUUAUUCAAAAAAAAGAUAUAUCUCACGAAGUAUCGACUCAUUAAUGUUCAAAAUUCAAGAAGAUGUGCGAGAAAAUAUCGAGAACAUGAAGACAUUUUUGCAACGACGAAUCGUACAUUUGACGAAAAGAAGGACGAGCGAUUGAGAUGCGCGGGAAAAGAAUCAUUCGACCAAAUGUCUUGCUGACAUCCGACGAAAAAGAGAUGGGAGAAGAAAUUUUGAAGGCAUGAUAGACACGAGAAGAACGAAACGCUGACGACGGGAAGAAUCGGACGACGUCGGCGAAAAAUUUUACGUCCGCACGAUUUUUUUGUUCCUCGAGUACUCGAGAAAAAACGAGCGAAGAGACGAUCGAGAAAUACAAAGUACCUAGAUGCACGUUCCAAAUUGAAGAUACCGAAAUACGGAGAUGAAAGUCUUUAUCGGACGCAUGGGACUAUGAAAGUCGUCGGACAAAAAUCGAAACGCGAACUUUGCGAGAUCUUAUCAAGCGCAAGAAUCAGGAAGAGCAACCUGAGAUCUGACUUAAACCAAGUAAGUGAUAUCGAAACAUCUUGCAAGAGAAGGCGAUGAUAAAUCUCUGCGGCUCACCUUGAAACGGCCGCGCGUGCAUUUCAACGCGCAGUUGUCGCUGAACAAGGUCACGUUGGAUGUCCGCGUGGCGUGGAUAUCCGAUAAUCAGGAAGGUCGUUCGUGAUCGUCACCGCAGUGACCGUGCGCGACGGCGGAUAUCUCUGCUCGCGCUCGCGACGUUAUCAUCGUCUCGUCGUUUUCCUCAUCCCCGCCGCGGCCACAUGACUUGACGAUCGCCCCCUUCUCCUCCCGCUGCUGCUCCCCGUUGAUCGAAGGCGGUGGCGGCGGUGGCGGCGACGAAGACGACGACGAAGACGUCACAACGACGUCGACGUAGACGAUAGCGCGACUAAAAGUCAACGGCUUGCAACGCAACGCGACGACGGCGACGGUUCUUAAAACGAGUGACACGCAUUGCCGGCGAUUCAGUCAGUCGCCGGCAUUCGGUCCGCAAGUGUGAGACGUUCGCGAGUGUGUGUGUGUGUGUGUGUGUAUGCGGGCGCCUGUGUGUGCGUGGUCGCGUCUUCCUGGAUCGCACGUGUAUGCGGGGAUUCCUUUACUCAGAAAAAACGGCCGAGAGAAAUCAAGAAGGAAAAAGGAAAAGGGGGGCACACGUUAGUCUCGUGUUAGGGCUGUAAAUUCUUCUUUACUUUCGUUUUGAGGUAAUAGUGGUGCGUCGUAACGACCGUAGUGUUAUUUGUGGUGGUGGCGCGUUGUUACCGUUGUGUCGCUGUUACUUCGGUAAUCCGUGGAAGCGGUGGCGACGGUGGCGGUGGUGUUGGCGGUGGAGAUAUAUAUAUAUAUAUAUAUAUACAUAUAUAGUGGUGGAUGAUAGUGGCGGCCCGCGGAGCCGGCGAAACUGGAGCAGCCGGUGGCGAUCGUCGGUGUAGCGGAGGUGCUAUCAUGUGCACGCGGCGGAUUCUCGGACUGGCGGUCGUGGCCCUGUUGACUUUCGGCGGUCCAGCACGCGCAUAUACCAACCAGUGGGCCGCUCACGUCAACGGAGGAGAAGAGGUGGCCAGGCGGGUCGCCGAGGACUACGGCUUUCGCUAUUUGGGCAAGAUAAACGAUGAUUGGUUCCACAUGGAGCAUCGAUCCGUGCCAAAGAGAUCGAUAGGGCCGCAUCUCGAAGUGCAUCAGAGGCUAAUGAAAGACAACAGAGUACAUCGAGCGGAGCAGCAGCGGGUGAAAAAGCGUGAGAAAAGAGAUCUUAUAAUCAAACGUCCGUCCAAUAUAUUAUCCAUGCUAAAUGACGAAAGGUGGCCUCAAAUGUGGUAUCUGAAUAGAGGGAAGGGACUGGACAUGAACGUGCAGGGUGCUUGGGCCGAGGGAAUUACUGGAAAUGGAGUUGUAGUCACAAUUCUCGAUGAUGGAUUAGAGAAAGAUCAUCCAGAUCUUUUUAAAAAUUAUGAUCCGCAAGCGAGUUACGACGUCAACAGUCACGACGAGGACCCGAUGCCAAGGUACGACCUGGUAGAUAGCAAUCGACACGGCACCAGAUGCGCCGGAGAGGUCGCAGCCACUGCCAACAAUUCUCUUUGUGCCGUAGGUGUUGCUUUUGGAGCUGGCGUAGGCGGUGUUCGAAUGUUAGACGGCGACGUGACGGAUGCCGUUGAAGCAAGAUCCUUGAGCCUAAAUCCUCAACACAUCGAUAUUUAUAGCGCGUCAUGGGGACCGGAUGACGACGGCAAAACUGUGGAUGGUCCCGGUGAACUUGCCACCAGAGCUUUCAUCGAGGGAAUUACUAAAGGACGCAGUGGUAAGGGGUCAAUCUUCGUGUGGGCAUCCGGAAACGGUGGUCGAGAUCAUGAUAAUUGCAACUGUGACGGCUACACCAACAGCAUUUGGACUCUGUCCAUCAGUAGCGCGACUGAGAACGGUCUUGUACCCUGGUACAGCGAGGCGUGCUCAUCCACUCUCGCUACCACUUACAGUUCGGGCUCUACUGGCGAGAAACAGGUCGUCACUACAGAUUUGCAUCAUCAUUGUACGAGCAGCCACACGGGCACGUCCGCAUCGGCACCAUUGGCGGCCGGUAUUUGCGCCCUCGCUUUAGAAGCGAACAGAGAUCUCACCUGGAGGGAUAUGCAACACAUCGUAGUCAGAACUGCCAAACCUGCGAAUCUGCAGGCACCUGAUUGGGUGGUUAAUGGUGUCGGUAGAAACGUGAGCCAUAGCUUCGGUUACGGGCUGAUGGACGCCACUGCCAUGGUACGCUUAGCGAGAAGAUGGAGAACCGUUCCGGAGCAACACAAAUGCGAAGUUUCAGCGCCACACACAGGCAGGACAAUACCGCCAAAGAGCCAAUUGGUUCUCGACUUACAUGUCAAGGAGUGCAGCGGUGUUAAUUUUCUCGAGCAUGUGCAGGCGAAAGUAUCGCUGAUGGCAGCGAGACGAGGAGAUCUUCAGAUACAGCUAACAUCUCCUCAGGGCACGAAGAGCACUCUUCUCGCCAAGAGACCGCACGACGUUUCGAAGGCCGGCUUUAGCCAAUGGCCAUUCAUGUCGGUGCACACAUGGGGAGAGAGACCUCAUGGAACUUGGAAAUUAGAAAUUCACAAUGAGGGUCGAUAUCUCGGACGCGCUACUCUGCACGAAUGGGCGCUGAUCUUCUACGGUACUGCGACGCUGCCCGAUCGGACCGAGUACGCUCUUUACAAUCCGGCUGGCAUGAGCAUGCCUAGACGGCCGUUGGUGAAACCGCGCGAGACCGCUUUCUCCAAGAACCAGAACGUUCCGACGAAGGGCAAGCAGGCGCAGCACAAGUCUGAUAAAUCCGGCAGUCUGAGCCCGCCUUUCGUGGUGAACGCGCAGAUUCAGUCUCAAAGGAAGGGCAAAGCUCGUGGUCAGCAUAAGAACGGCAAGUCAGCCAACCGACCAAGCCCCAAGCCCACGGCUCAGACCUUGCGAGGCCUCACCGGACUCAACAGAGGGCCUAAUAACGUGAUCGGGGACGUGCGUUUGAUCACAUCGAGACCGCGCGGUAGAAGUACACCGAGCCCGAUUACCAGCACGAUGACUCAAGCCGUCGCGACGACAAAAAUGCAGACCACGACAACGAAUAGGCAUAAGAUAGUCGAUCUGGCGACUGCUUCGCCCCUUCAGAGAGGUCUGAUCUUGUUGGAGCCGCCAGCGAAAGCGGCCACUAACAAGGUCCCGGCGGUAUUUCAGCAGUAUCCCAAGAUCCAACAACUAUAUCCAGUUUAUGGCGGAGCUCGAGGAGUUGGUCAACAACAUGCUACCAGGGCCAAAGGACUCGAUUUGUUACAGGAUGAGCAGUUCGAUCCGAGGAAUCUACAGCUGGACAAGGAUACACUAGAGGAGUGGAAGAUGGUGUUCUUCGGCACGGAGACCUCGGUGGAGUUAGACGACGAGCUGGACAAGGACAAGCCGUUGCCGGCGGUGGUUCACCAGGACGUGAUCCAGAACAAUGCAGCCCCGAACAAUGUCCGGCACAACGCCGUGGACACUGAGGGCGAUCCGUGGACAGGCAGCCAGCAGGUGGACCGGGUCUCUCAUCCGGAGGUGCAGAAGCCGACGACGGAGAACCAGACGAGCGGCUGCGCUGCUCUCGAGGGCAGCAGGUGCCUAGUGUGCAAACCGGGUUGGUACCACAGCGACGGCAGCUGCUUGCGACAGUGUCCGUCCGGGACUUUCGCGAUCCGGGAUGACGACGAAUCCGAUGUAUUCUGCACCGCAUGCCAUUAUUCGUGCCUGUCGUGCAAAGGGCCUAGCGACGCUGAUUGCGUCACUUGCCAUGUGGACUCGGUACUCACAUGGAGCAACGGAAGGGCACUGUGCGUGCUGAGCGGCCUUACCUGGAAGAUGCAAUCCACGGAAUGGUUCUACAGGAUGACCAUAGUGUUCCUGAUCAACUUGGCUCUCAUGAUUGUCAUUAUCAUUUAUCUCGUGCUCGCCUGGUGCAUCCGCAAACGCAAAUCCGUCCACAUGUAUAGCAAGGUGUCUUAUUCCGGUAACGGCAAGGUUCAUGCAGACACAGAGCGAUUGCAAAGCGAAAACACUUAUAUCUCUGACAGCGAAUAAGUCUCAAUGAUAAUGAAAAGUAUGUUCGAAAGGAAGCUGUAAUAUGCCUGUAAAUAUUCUGAAGAUAUUUUAGAAAUACAUUGAGAAUCUUUUGAAAAUAGAAAUAUUUUUUGUUUGAGAAUAUUAUUGAAAAUAUAUAUAUUUUACAAAUUUUUUUAAAUAUCUUCUGCGAACAAAAAAAUUUGAAAAUGAUUUGAAAAUAUUUUCUAAAAAUAUGUCUUGUGAGAAUGUAUUGUGAGAUUGCCUUUGAAAAGGCGUCUGAUAAUUUCAUAAGGCUGUCAAAACAUAAAUGUUCUAUAGAACAUGCGGCUGCGAUAAAAGGUCCACAAUAAAUUAUGCAAUUUAUAUAUGUAUGCUAAAUAUAACUAAUUUUAUCCGAUUAAAAAUCCAAAUAUAAAAUUAAAAGGAAUAUUUAAAAAAUUUUUCCCGGAAAAUGCUUUUAUUUAAUUAAAAAUGUGUUUUUGUAGUUGUAUUUUGUGUUUUUUAUAAUUGUAUGUACAAAUUGAGUCUCAAUUCAUCAUCAACUUUAGAAGUUAUACUACGCUUUUUCAAGUGUAGGAAUGCUCCUUUGUAGUAACACUUUGUAAGAGACGUCUGGAACGUAAAGCAUUAAUGGUGCCGAUAGUUUCCUUUGAAGCAAUCGCUUCGUUGCGAUGCCAGUAUUGUAGCAGUGGUUCGCGAUGGUGGACCGUUUAUCGAUCGCUAUUGGACUAAUGCGAAGUAAUGUCUCUUGGAACCAGUGAGUGAUUUUAUGCGAUCUCGUAAGUCUUAAAUACCCGUGCAGACAUUUAUUGUACGAUUAAGAGUGAGAAGUGACUAUUUUGGAUCGUGGUAUAUCCAUCACGAUUACGAGUAAUUUUAUUAUUAGAUACUGAAUUAAUCGCGAAUAUUAUAAGUUAGUUUAUGUAUUAAAAGAUUAUAUAACUAAAAAAAUUUUAAUAAAUUGGAAGCUUACAUAAAAUAAAAUAAGAAGAAACAUAUACAACAUUCCUAAAUAUUCAAAUGCAUAGAAAAACAGAAUAACAUUUUAUUUAUUAUCUACAAAUUUGCAAAUGAUCGAGUUUCUAAGUUGAUGAAUAAUGCAACACGAUUUAAUCAACAAAGCUAUAUAUAUAUAU